AAUACUUCGGGGCUUCUUUACGACUGUGUGCUGGAUUUGGCGCGAAAAAUACAUCCCCCAGUUCUUGCCAUCCUCCCCUCAGAAAAUGGCAGACGCCGCUCUCCAGAUCGAAGAAAUCGAGUCUUUACUCCUUUCUUCUGACCACUCCCGCGGCGCCAGGGCAUCAUCCGCCUACUCGGCUCUUCUCCACUUCCAAGAACUCUCUGCCAACGAACCUUUGGCAAUCCAAGCCCUCGCCCAUCGCUCCUCACGUUUCCUCCUUCUCAUCUGCUCUGAUGCAUCACACCACGAUGAAGAAUUAGCUGCUCAGGCAUUGAAGUGUCUAGGCUUCAUGAUCUAUCACCCUUCUCUGGUCUCUUCCAUUCAAGAGGGUCUUGCUAAUUUGGUUAUGGAAUGCUUGGUGAAACUAAUUACAACAACAGAAAUGAAGAUUUCUUUCUUGCAGGUCAUUUGUAAUUUAGGAGUGUGGUGUAUUUCUAUUCAGCAAUUCAAAGCAUCCUUUAUAGCUACCAACUUGCAUUCUUUAUUGAGGGCUCUUAUUCAUGCCCUCGACAAUCAUCUUGGCUCUCUAUCCACAACAUUUGAGGCAAUUCAGGCUAUAAUGAAGCUCGGAGUUCAGCUUAGCGAAAUGAUGAGAGAUAUGUCAAAUGUUUGGGCUCCUCCAUUAUAUAGAAGACUUCUUAGCACUGACAAGAAAGAGAGGGAUAUGUCAGAAAGAUGCCUUUUGAAGAUAAAGUCAAGUAUAUUUCCUCCAACCCUGAAUCUUUCUAAGGCACUUGCUGUGGACCUUAAGAAAACACUACUUCCAAGGAUGAAAUACAUACUACAAGGCCAUGGGAAGAAGCUUCAUGCUAUCCAAGCAUGGGGGUGGUAUAUUCGCUUACUUGGGCUGAUUGCUGUAAAAAACAGACAUUUGGUUAAUGAGAUGUUGAAAAUCCCGGAGCAGACAUUUUCUGAUCCUGACCCACAAGUCCAGAUUGCAACACAGGUUGCCUGGGAAGGUUUGAUUGAUGCACUUACUCAACCUCAACUACUUGUUCUCGGAGCAAAUACAGCCCAUGGGCAUUGUAUUCAACAAAAUGGACCUUUCUUGUCUGCCAUGCCUGCAGGAAAUUGUGAAAAACAAGUCAAUGGCCUUUCAAAAAGAUUAAAGCUCAUAAUGGUGCCCAUUUUAGGAGUCAUCUCGAGUAAAUGUGAUAUAUCUGUCCGUUCAUCAUGCUUGAAUACAUGGCGUUAUUUGUUACAUAAGCUUCAUCUCUCAGUUAAUUAUGCUUCUGUUGUAAAGACUGUGCUGGAGCCUAUCCUUGAAGUAAUCUUCCGAUUGGGACCCAAUGAUAAGUGCAUUGGAAUAUGGAACUCCUGUGUAGAUCUGCUUCAUGAGUUUAUUUCAUCAAAAGUUCAAGACCAGGUGAGUUCAGAUAACAUGCCAACUAAAACCACUUCCCUUGGGCCCGCUAUUUAUAAUGGCUCAUGGAAGGACUAUCGCAUUAGAUGGUUGCCUUGGGAUCUUCAUAAAUUAGACUUCCAUCUAAGGAUGGUCCGCUUUCUCGUCACUCAAGGGUUGACAACAACUGCAAGCCCUGAAAUCAGAAAAUUAGCACUUGAUGCUUCUUUGAGGAUAUUCGUAGCUGUUUUGGAGGGUGUUCAAGUUGAGUUGACAACGGCAUCCAAUGGUUUCAAUGAGAUUUUUCUUUGUAUAAACACAGUUUUGGAGUUCGUAAGGUGGGCUUCUGAAGAGAUGACUUCGAAAUUCAUUACGGUUGGCACUGACGACUUGCUAUUUACUGCCCUCCAGUUCGUGGAGGCUGUCAAAGAUGAAUUAGAACCUUCAAUACUGGCAUCCCCUCUUUAUAGGGUUCUUUUAGACCUCAAGUACAUUGACGACUUGCAAUCUGCCAAUGAUAUUGAAUAUCUGAUUGUACUGGGCAUCAGCUUUCCUGCUCGCAUGGAUAUGGUUUGUCCAAUGGUUUACUUAACCACAAUAUAUCUAUAUGUGGUGGCCCAGUCUGUCCUAUUUUUGUCAAAAGCACAGAGAAUUCCAUUUGAAAUGCAGUACUCAAAAUUUAUCUUUUCCUUAAGUGACUCUUCGGAAAAUCUGCAUGCUGCCAUCUCUUUAUUGUAUAUGCAUGGGAAGAGACUCAUUCAUGAGGGAUUUUACUGGUUGAAGAUAUGGAAAGUGGUCUCGGUGGGCCUGAAAGAGCGCAUAGAUGCUGUAAGCAGUCUGAACUUUCUAAAAACUGAGUCUGAUAGCACUGGUCAUGUAAUGGUCUACUGGUUCUUGUGCUAUCCAUUUUUUAUUUGUUAUUCUUCACAGAGGCUAUCAACGCCAGCAAUGACAACUAGUGGCUUUACAGGAAUAUGUUUGGUCUUAUCACACACAGUAGUCGAGCUUGAACUUGUUAUAGAAGUGUGGAAGUUACUUUAUGAUUCUGCAAAUCGUACCUCGAAGUUAUGGUGCUCCCACAUGAAUAGUUUCAGUGAGGGUCUGUCUGAACUUUUAAUUACAAUGUUUGGCAAGAACAUCAUUUCCGGUUUGAAGGAGAACAAACUGAACUUCGAGUUCCUCUUUGUGUUUGGCGAAGUUGCUAUAAAUCUAUUGAAACAGAUAAAGUUUUCAGCUGUUGAGGAUUUACAAUCAAGAGCAAGGUCUAACCAAGAGGAUGGCAAUUACAAAGAAUGCAGCGAUAUGGAGCAUAUCUUGGAGCUUGUCGCAAGAUUUCUGGAGCUGUCUGUGACAAGUGCGAAAACAAACCUUCAGGCUGAGCUUUCUAUGGUUUCAAGGGUCUUUGCAGCUGUGGCCUGCUUUUUAGAGCAUCUUUUCGUGAAGCAAGAUGUGCUUUUGUUCAUGGAGAAAAUCUCCAACCCACUGGUUCAUUGGCUUUCCUUAUCCCAAGAAAUACUGGAAGGAGACAUCAUUUACCAACUUGGAUUCUUGUGGACCCAAACACUCGACUGUUUGAGGCGGAUCCAGCCGCCUCUCAGCUUUGAUUCCUCCUUCCUUGGCAUCCAAGCACCCCUCCUACAAACAACGCUUGAUCACCCAUACUUGCCCAUUGCAGAUGCCACCAUUUCAUUCUGGAAGUCUUCAUAUGGUGCACAGAUUACGUUAUUAUACCCACAGUGCUUGCUUCCAGUCCUAGACAAGCUAUCAAGGGAAGGAAGGAUAAGAUUCCACCGGGCAAACUCACCAUCUUCUUUGGAUGAUAGUGGACAUAACGUUAAUUCUGCAGUUGGAAGAGCCCUUGAUGUGCUGCAUAGAUCACAGAAAAGGAACUUAAAGAGAGUAGAAUUCAUGCAAGAUAGCUAUAAUCAUAUUGAGUGUGUUGAUGUUGCAUCUCUUGGUAAUAAGAAUCAGAAGAGAUUGAAAUCGACAUCAAUGGAGGUGAGAGCGGCACCCCAGGAAAGGGGGAGGGAUUGUGAUGGGACAUACAAGAAUGUGGAUUUUGUUCGACAAAGGACAGAUUUGCAAGAAAACCAUGAGCUUAGAAACUCAAAAUUAAUCAUAGAUAUGUUGAGAAGAGUAAGAUGACUGUUUUCAGUUUGUGAUAGCUUAUCUUUUCAAGUAUUUUAGAUUUGGUUUGACUUCAUUGUUUUUUGGACUUCAUUGUUGAUACUAAUGUUUGGCCUGGCCCAUUGAAUUUGGACCACCAACUGUUCACUUUCAAACCAUCCAUUUUCUGGUCAGCAAUUGGAUGGUUAGGAUUGUCUCAAUUGGCAUUCAUUCAUUCUACCUGUACAGUGGAUAAGCUGCUGCACCUGUGAGGUGUAUUUGAUGGAUUUCAA